CUGCUGUUGUUGCUGCUGCUGUUUCUGCUGCUGCUGUUUCUGCUGCUCUGUCACUCUGACCAUUAGCCGUUCAACUAACUACUGCUUCGUGAAGACACUCACUAUUUAGCAGUAACUUUCACUGGCUUGUUGGUUUGCCCGGUACUUUCUUCCGCGACCUCGCACCUUGGAGUGACUGAAGAUGCAGUUUCCCAGAAGCUGUCCACACGUCCCCAGUGAGGAGCAGAGACACAGGAAAUAAGAGAAUCUUGGAAAGAGCAGGUCCUUAUGGUUGAGGUGGUGGGUGGAGCUCCUUGCCAUGCCUCCUGCCAUGACAGACCUCCUGGACAUAUGGGCGGCCCACUCUCCUCUGUCCGGACAUGCUCCGGACCAGAUCACUGUGGACUUUCUCCUGCCCACCGGAAUCUACAUCCAGAUGGAUGUUCCACGUGAGGCAACCAUUCAGCACAUCAAGCUGCUCUUAUGGAAGCAGGCGCAGACGUUGCCACUGUUCGCAGCCCUGGGCGAGAUGGAGAGCCACAUGUUCCAGUGUGUCAACCAGGCUGCGGUGCACGAAGAGCUGGAGGACGAAACCCGCCGGCUGUGCGACGUUCGGCCCUUCCUGCCGGUCCUCAAGCUGGUGAUACGCAACUGUGGCCGAGCGGAGCGUCUGCUGGAUUCCAAAAUUGGAGUUCUCAUCGGCAAAGGCCUCCAUGAGCUGGACGCCAUCAAUGACCAGGAGGUGAAGGACUUCCGCAGUAAGAUGUUUCGUCUGAGUGAAGAGCGGAUGCAGCGAGUCCACGCGAUGACGUGCAAUGAGUGGCUACAGGCGUGCUUCUCCCCGCUGCUGGAGCCAGUGCCUGCAACGCCAGUCACUGAUGGAGCGAGUGAGCGGUCAGCUGACCUGAAAGUCAUCAUCCACUUUGAGCAGUCUCAGGACUUUGCCGUUCUGAAGGUGCCGUCAUCUUGCCCCACCAUGGAGCUGAUGGAGCUGGCUGUGAGGAAGUGGCUGACCACCCACGGCCCUGAGGAGGAGGCGUGGACCACUCAGUACAUACUGAGGCUCAGCCGGAGUCUGGAGUUCCUCUGUGGAAAUCACCCACUCAUUCAAUACAAGUAUAUCCGCACGUGCUUGCAUUCCAAGGAGUGUCCCCGCCUCACCCUGAUCCACCUCAGCACUGUCAAAGCCAUGUUUGAAAAGGAGAUCUCCACCAUCGGAGCUGUGGUCAGCCGCAAGUCCUCCAACCCCCCGUUACCACUUCCUCCCAAGAGAAGGGUUCCCACGCAAGUGCAGACAUGUGUGUGGGACGUGUCCACCCCGUUCAAGAUAGUCCUGGUGAAUGCCAGUAAGGUGAACGCAGAGGAAACUGCCAAGGUCCAGGUGAGGGCGGGGCUCUUCCACGGCACAGAGCUCUUGUGUAAGCCGGCAGUGAGCAGUGAGAGCGGCGGGCGCUCGGACCACACGUGGAAGGAGAGCACGCUGGAAUUUGACCUCUCGGUCUGUGACCUGCCUCGCAUGACCCGCCUCUGCUUCGCCAUCUAUGCCCUGAUGGACAAAGUCAAGAAGCAGAAGUCGACCAAAAACCCACAUAUCAACAAAUACCAGACCAUCCGCAAAGCAGGGAAAGUGCACUAUCCUAUAGCCUGGGUCAAUACCAUGGUGUUUGACUACAAAGGCCAACUGAAGACUGGAGAUAUCACCUGCACACUCGCACAUCACACACACACACAGUGCCCAGAUGAACUUGAAGAGAUGCUGAACCCCAUAGGAACUGUUCAGACCAACCCGUACACUGAGAAUGCCACAGCGCUGCACAUCUACUUCCCAGAGUACUCGUCACACCCCGUCAUCUUCCCUCUCUUCGACAAGAUACUGGAAAAAGCUGCAGAGAUCGCUGGAGCCAGCGACUGUGCACCUAUGGGUCGCGGGGGAAAGAAGUUCCACAUCGAGCUGAAGGAGAUCAUGGAGCGUGAUCCGCUCUCGCAGCUGUGUGAGAAUGAGAAGGAUCUGAUCUGGACACUACGCUGCGACUGCAGAGAGAAUUUCCCUCAGUCUCUGCCGAAGCUGCUGCUGUCUGUGAAGUGGAGCAAACACGAGGACAUGGCUCAGCUCCAGGCACUUCUUCAGAUUUGGCCCAAACUGAGUCCCAGAGACGCCCUGGAGCUUCUGGACUUUAACUACCCUGACCAGUAUGUCAGAGAGUAUGCAGUGGGCUGUCUGCGUGACAUGAGUGAUGAGGAGCUGUCACAGUACCUGCUACAGUUGGUGCAGGUGUUGCGUUAUGAGCCGUACUAUGACUGCGCCCUCACCCACUUCCUGUUGGAUCGUGCCCAGUGCAACCGCAAGAUAGGACACUUCCUCUUCUGGCACCUCCGGUCAGAGAUCCACAUGCCAGCUGUUUCGGUGCAGUUUGCCCUCAUCCUGGAGGCCUACUGCAGAGGCAGCAUCCCUCAUAUUGAGGUUUUAAAGAAACAG